AGAGGGCUAUCACUGUGCAUCUCUUGCUGAUAUUAUGGCCAAGAGGAAUCAGCAACCCGAAGUUAGAAAGGCUCAACGAGAAAAAGCUAUCAGGGCUACAAAGAAGCAAAAAAGGCUAAGCAAGCAUCUAAAAAGACAGUAAUGGCUGCUGCAAAGGCUCCCACAAAGGCAGCACCUAAACAAAAGAUUGUGAAGCUUGUGAAGGUUUGUGCUCCCUGAGUUGGUGGAAAACGCUAAGAUGCCAGGUUUUUUAAUAAAGAUCUGACUAACUCAAAAAAAAAAAAAAAAAAAAAAAUACAGACGCAGACAUAUAUGGAAACUUCACUUAUACCAGAGUUGGCAUUGUAGAUCAGUGAAGAAACACUGAGGCUAUUCUAUGGAAAAUUGAUCAACCAUGUGGAAAAAAAUAAAACUAUAUCCCUUAGCUUACACCAUCCCCACACACCUUCCUCCCUCUUCACAGCCUGCAGAAGCAUCUUCAGAACCCUCUCUCUGCCUCCUCCUUUCCCUCAUAAGGACCCUUGUGACUACAUUGGGGCACCCAGGUAAUCCAGGAUCAUCUCCCUACCUCAAGACCCUUAAUUGAAUCUCAUCUGCAAAGUCCCUUUUGCCACAUAAGGUAACAUAUUCACAAGUUCUGGGGAUUAGUACAUAGACAUCUUUGUGGGGGCAUUAUGCUGCCUACCACAGAAAGUAUACUGCCAUACCAACUUCAGAGAACAAUCUGGCAAUAUUUAGUAAAAUGGGAGGUUUUCAUAGCUAAUACCCAGUAAUUACACUUCUAGGUGUAACCCUAGAGAAAUGCUUUUAUGUAUGUGUAAGAAUUGUUUAUACCAGCAUUUUUAUAAUAAUAAGAGAUAAGAAUUGCUCAUACUGGCAUUAUUUGUAAUAAUAAAAAAUUUAAGAAUAACCUAAGUAUAUCCCUAAAUAGGAGAAUGUAGGAGAAUGUAUAAUGAGAGAAUCAUAUAACAGAUUACAAUACUGCAGUUAAAUCAAACAAACUAGAGCAAUAUGUAUCAAUAAGCAUAAAUCUCCCAGCAUAAAUUUGAAUGAAGAAAGCAAGUUGGAUGUUGCCCAGUUUGUGUAUGAUGACACCUUUCUCUUCCUGAAAAUCAUUAAAAAACAGAGGACAACAAACAAAAAUACUGCUUCCAAUUAUGGUGAAAUCAGGAGAGUGUUAAAUCUGCAAACCAUCGGGAGGGCUGGGAGAACUUGGCCGAGUUGUGCGGAUGGGGUCCGUGUGCGAGGGAAGGAGAGAGGACCUGCUUGGGAUCUCAGGGCACACUCUGGGGGUUAACACCUAAAUCACUCACUGAAAGCUGAAAAUGAUGGAUAUGAAUGUAACAACAUCUUUAAAAUGUAGUGCUGAGCCUCCAGGAUAGUAGAGAAUUUCAGAGAGGGAAAAAAAGAAGGAACCCAAAGAGUUAGUGACUCCAAAGCUGGUUUUCCCAACUGUUCCUGCUCUGGACACCUGAGCUUCCCCGUGGAUGGCUGUGCAGGCAUCGAGAACAGAAGUAUAAGGAUGACAAAAAAUGAACUUCCCAGGCGGAAGGGGACACCAAGGAAACCUGCCUGACUCUACCAUGGUUACAGGGGAAAACGAAACCUCUCCUAAGACUUCAUUACACCACAAGGCUACCAACCUGGCCCCCACGGACCCCAAUGGCAAAGCAGACCCCUAUGUGGUAGUGAGCACCGCCAGGGAGCGCCGCGACACCAAGGAACGCUACAUCCCCAAGCAGCUCAACCCCAUCUUUGGAGAGGUCCUGGAGCUCAGCAUCUCUCUUCCUGCUGAGCCUGAGCUGACCGUGGCUGUGUUUGAUCAUGACCUCGUGGGUUCUGAUGACCUCAUCGGGGAGACCCUCAUCGAUCUAGAAAACCGAUUCUAUAGCCACCACAGGGCAAACUGUGGCCUGGCCUCGCGGUAUAAAGUGGACGGGUAUGAUGCCUGGCGUGAUGCAGUCCGUCCUUCGCAGAUCCUGGCAGGGCUGUGCCAGCGCCAUGGCCUCCCUGCUCCUGAAUACCGAGCUGGGGCCAUCAAAGUGGGCAGCAAAGUGUUUGUGACACCACCUGAGGCCCUACCCCCAGGUAUGGGGACCCCCAAGACAGCAAGUGGGGCCCUGGAGGAGGAUCAGGCACUGCUUGUGCUGCGGCGCUGGCAGGAGAUGCCCGGGCUCGGGAUCCAGCUGGUACCUGAGCAUGUAGAAACUCGACCCCUCUACCAUCCCCGCAGCCCGGGGCUGCUGCAGGGAUCCCUUCACAUGUGGAUUGACAUCUUCCCUCGCGAUGUGCCUGCCCCACCCCCAGUUGACAUCAAGCCUCGGCAGCCAAUCAGCUAUGAGCUCAGAGUCAUCAUCUGGAACACAGAGGAUGUGGUUCUGGACGAUGUGAACCCGCUCACUGGAGAGAUGUCGAGUGACAUCUAUGUGAGAAGCUGGGUGAAGGGGCUGGAGCAGGACAAGCAGGAGACAGAUGUUCACUUCAACUCACUGACUGGGGAGGGCAACUUCAACUGGCGCUUUGUGUUCCGCUUCGACUACCUGCCCACGGAGCGGGAGGUGAGCAUCUGGCGCCGGCCUGGACCCUUCGCACUGGAGGAGGCCGAGUUCCGGCAGCCGGCCAUGCUGGUCCUGCAGGUCUGGGACUAUGACCGCAUCUCUGCCAACGACUUCCUGGGAUCCCUGGAGCUGCACCUGCCAGACAUGGUGCGGGGGGCCCGGGGCCCCGAGCUCUGCUCCGUGCGGCUGGCCUGUGACGGGGCUGGGCCAAGGUGCAACUUGUUUCGCUGCCGCCGCUUGCGGGGCUGGUGGCCUAUGGUGAAGCUGCAGGAGCCAGAGGAUGUGGAGCGGGAGGAGCAGGAGGCCCAGGCUGGCAGGAGGCAUCGGAAGCGGAAGAGGAGGAAGGGCCGGCCAGAAGACCUGGAGUUCAUGGACACAGGUGGCAAUGUCUACAUCCUCACAGGGAAGGUGGAGGCAGAGUUUGAGCUGCUGACUGUGGAGGAGGCUGAGAAAAGGCCAGUGGGGAAGGGGCGGAAGGAGCCCGAGCCACUGGAGAAGCCCAACCGCCCCAAAACGUCUUUCAACUGGUUGGUGAACCCGCUGAAGACCUUCGCCUUCUUUAUCUGGCGCCGGUACUGGCGCAUCUUGGUGCUGCUGUUGCUGCUGGCACUGAUCACCAUCUUCCUCCUCCUCAUCUUCUACACCAUCCCUGGCCAGAUUAGCCAGGCCAUCUUCCAACCCCUUCACAACAGCCCCGGCCCCACAUGAUCCUGGACACUCACCUAGCACCAGCCCUUCAAUGUCUGUUCCCAAAGUUCCUCCCGCUGCAGGGAAGAGCCAGUAAUGAGCUAACCCAGAAUUCCCCGCUUUCUUCAAAUAAACCUCUCACACAUCCA